AUGUCCGUGUAUGUUCUAGGAGCUGGCGGAGUGGGGACCUUGAUUGCGUCCUCACUCUCAAACGCCCUGAAAGUGAACUUCGUCGUUCGAAAUACCGCAAAGCUAAACAACCUUGCCAAAACAAACAACACGUUUGCCAUCAAGAGGCUCUACGACAACAACAAAACCAUCAAAUACACCAUUAACGGGGCCUUUCCUGCGGAUAAGUUGCCGGACUCGAAAAUCGACUUCUUGCUGAUCUGUGUCAAGACCUUCGACACCGUGAAGUCGUUGACCCCUCUACUCGACAAAAUAACUAGCAAAACCAGAAUCCUGCUGGUGCAAAAUGGAAUGGGUGUGGUCGAUGAGCUGUACUCUAAAAUCUGGACGAACGUGGAUUCCAGGCCAACUAUCUACCAGGGAGUCAUUUCGCACGGGGUGUGGCAAUCUCCAGAAAACCACGACACAUACAACUAUAACCACGCAGGCUUCGGCUACCUCAAGAUCUGUCAGGUUCCAAGGGACCUGCAGAAUAUAACUGCCAAAGAUACCAUCGAAAAUGAUGAUGUCAUCAGAGAACUGGUGCAAAGCGACCUCAACGUUUCCACAUACUCUUACGAGGAACUCUUGGUAUACCAGAUCCAGAAACUGCUGGUCAACUGCUGUAUGAACUCUACCACAUCCAUCGUUAAUUGCAUCAAUUACAAGCUUGCCGAUCUCGAGGAAACAGACGCAUUGUUCACCUCGAUUGUCUCGGAAGGACUGAACGUGCUGAAGACAGCCUACCCUGUCCUCAAGACUUCCCCACUGGCAACCGAGCUCCUUAGCGUCGAAAAGGAGGUUAAGUUCGUUAAGCAUGUUGGCUUCACUAUAAACAGUAAAAACUCGACGAGUAUGCGUCAGGACGUUUUGAAUCUACGUAACACCGAAAUCGACUAUAUUAACGGCCAUAUUGUCAAAAAGGCUUGGGAAAGUGGAAUGACCGCACCCGUCAACGACACCAUCUCCAAGCUUCUCAAGAUCAAGUUAGCUGUAAAUAGGAGAACCGCCCAAGAAAAAGCAUGA